AUGAACCAUGCUGCCGGAGCGAUGGCUGUGAGUCCAUUCCCUGCUCCUCCCGAUUAUGCUCAGCACUACACAACCGAACGUAUCAGUCAAGGUACCGUACUGCCUCCACCGCCUGUUCAAACGGUAUUCACUGUGUUUGGAGAAGAGUACCGAUUAGAAGAUGACAUUAUCCGGUUAAAUAUCAAACAGCUGUAUCCUACUAAAUACGACUGGAAGACGGAGAUGAAGAAACUGAACCGAAGUGUUGUGGUGGCUUUCCUUGAUCUCCUCGAUAUACUCGUUCGUUGUCCAGAUCAUCCGGAGAGGAAUGAGAAGAUAAACGACAUACAAACCAUCUUUAUCAAUAUGCACCAUCUGAUCAAUGAAUAUCGGCCGCUUCAAGUUAGACGCUAUUUUUAUGAAUGUGUCGUUUUCUUGUUCAGCAAUCGCGAGGUUUUUAAACAGCAUACAUUUACUUCCAUAAAAACACAAUACAAUACAACGCUAGCUGACGUUUCGGCAGUAUCGCCUUCUUCAGAGCAGCUUUUUCGUGACUUCCAAUGA